GACCUUCGACCUCCAUAGCGUAGAAAGGUCAGUUUGGCUGUCCGCCAUUUUGGUUUGUCUGAGUAUCACGAUUCCUUUGUAGUCCCUUGUGUCUCCAGUUUUCAAGACAAUCCGACAAUUCAGCAAUUAAUUAGAACCACAAACCAGAAGGCGAGAUUGCCAUGGACGAUCAUCCAGCUACACACCCUGGCGACGAGACAAACAGCAGCGAGACACCGGACACCGGAAGGCAGCAGAACAAGGAAGGGGAAAUUCUAUACCAGGAAAAAUGCGGAGUAGGAUCUGACCAUCCUUCCACACAGGACCCAACAGUGCAGACGGACAGAGUUGCGGUGAAACGUACUGUGGAUAAACGCUUCGAGUGUACGGAGAGUGACUAUAUUGCUGCAACAAAGGCUGACCUAAUGAAACACACAAGAAAACAUACUAGUGAGAAACCCUAUAAAUGUGACCAGUGCGACUAUUCUGCAGCACAGAAAGUUCAUUUAGACCGACACGUGACUAAACACACCGGAGAAAAACCCUUCAUGUGUGGGGAGUGCGGGUACAGAACGACUGACAGGUUUAGCCUAUCCGAACAUAUGAGCAGACAUACAGGUGAGAAACCCUACAAAUGCGACCAGUGUGACUAUUCAGCAAUACGGAAAGUUUAUUUAGGCCGACAUAUGACUAAACACACUGGGGAAAAACCCUACAUGUGUGGGGAGUGCGGAUACAGGGCCGCUGCCAGGUCUAGCCUAUCCAAACAUUUGAGAAUACAUACGGGCGUAAAACCAUACAAGUGCGACCAAUGCGACUAUUCUGCUGGACACAAAGGUAAUUUAAGCCGACACAUGGCUCAACACACUGGCGAAAAACCCUACAUGUGUGGAGAGUGCGGAUAUAGGACAGCUGACAGGUCCAACCUAUCUCUACAUAUGAGAACGCAUACGGGCGUAAAACCCUACAAGUGUGACCAAUGCGACUAUUCUGCUACACAGAAAAAUACUUUUAAGUAACACAUGGCUAGUCACACAGGCAAAAAACCCUACAAGUGUGGAGAGUGCGGAUACAGGACGGCUGACAGGUCUUACUUGACCAGACAUAUGAGAAAACAUACAGGUGAGAAACCAUAUAAGUGUGACCAGUGUGACUAUUCUGCUGCACAUAAAGUUUCAUUCGACAUUCAUCUUACUAAACACACCGGUGAAAAGCCAUUUAUGUGUGGACAGUGCGAAUACAGGACUGCUAACAGGUCUCACCUAUCCGAACAUAUGAGGAGACAUUCAGGAGAAAAGCCUUAUAAAUGUGACCAGUGCGACUAUUCUGCUGCACACAAAGGUAAUCUA